AACAGGCCGGGGCCAAUCGCCAGCAGAAGGGAACAAAGGGAAGGGGGGAGGGAAGCCCACCCCGGCCGCACUAGAAAGCCCCCGGGGGAGGCAGAGCCCUGCGGCUCUCGCUGACAGCAGCGCGGCCGGUGACUGGGCGCCUGGCUCCGCGGCGGUGUUUCUGCUUUCUUCAUCGACCUUCUCCUCCUCGCUGAGAUUAAAGGGGGAAAGCAGCGUCCGGCGAAGGGAGAGAAACUUGGGUCGGUGCGUGGGGUGUCCGGCGAUCGGCUCGGUCCUCGCGAUCAAGAUGAAAAGUAAAAAAGGUGUAGUUGCAAUAUCAGGCAGUGAAACGGAGGAUGAUGACACUAUGGAUGUCCCACUGGAUCUUUCCUCAUCUGCGGGCUCAGGAAAGCGGCGGAGACGUGGCAACCUGCCCAAGGAGUCUGUGCAGAUUCUUCGGGACUGGCUCUAUGAGCACCGAUACAAUGCUUAUCCUUCAGAGCAAGAAAAAGCGCUGUUAUCCCGACAAACACACCUUUCCACACUACAGGUCUGCAACUGGUUUAUCAAUGCACGCCGCAGGCUGUUACCUGACAUGCUGAGGAAGGAUGGCAAAGACCCAAAUCAGUUCACUAUCUCGCGGCGAGGGACCAAGCUCCCCGAGGGCGGCCUGGUGGAGUCUGCCAUCAGCACAAAGAACUACAUUCCCCUGCUGGAUGAGACUGCCUUCCUUCCCGCCGCUGCGCCGCUCGGCAAAACUGUGCCCUCUUCCAAGCCGGCUUCCCCGGGAUCGGUCCUGGCUCGGCCGUCGGUGAUUUGCCACACGACUGUGACUGCGUUGAAAGAUGCCCCUUUCCACUUUUGCCAGCCGGCUGAUGUAGGCCAGACCACGGACCUGCAGCAGCCCCCGGCUGGCGGCUUCACAGAUAGCCCCCUCUCGUGCCACGAGGACGCAUCCAAACUGGGACCUGGUGCAAACACACAGAGUGGGCUCUUCAACACUCCUCCUCCAACACCACCAGACCUUAACCAGGAUUUUAGUGGAUUUCAGCUUCUGGUGGAUGUUGCACUCAAAAGGGCGGCAGAGAUGGAGUUGCAGGCAAAACUUAUGGCCUAAAUCCCCUUCCUUCUCUUUCCCCGUUUUGUUUUACCAGGCAGGGAUCUAACAGCUGUGUGGUUAUUGCCACCCACACGAUAUCAAAAGACUUCACUGCGUUAUUAUUAUUUUUUUUAUUAAUCUUAUUUGCACAAGGGGAUUGCUGAAAUGAAGCUUCCUGUCACUGAGAUGGUCUUCAGUGGAAUACGGUCAUUCCAAGAAUUACGAACUUAAAGCUACUGUAGAAAGAAAGGAUUGUGUGUUUCGUUGGGAUUUUUUUUUAAUGUUUUCUUUGUAGAUUUUUCAUAAUGUGAGAUGUUUCCCAAGAUCAUGUGAUUUGUUUUGUUUCUUUCAGACUGUGCAAUAUCUAGUAAUGCUAUAGAGUCUUCUUAUCAUUCCCAUGUGGAACGGAAUAUACCGACACGCUGUCUAAAUUUUCAAUUUUUUUAACAAUACAAACUUUGGAUGAUCAUGCUUUUUUCCCAUAAUAUAAUAAAGUAUUUUCUUUAAAAGUGA